AUGUCUGCAACAGUUUUACCUACACCAGUAUCAGAUCAAAAUAUACAAGUUGAGCAUUAUCAUUUACGUGAAAACCCUGAUAAACCUUCAGAAAAGAUAUGGGUUCCAGUUGUUAAGCUUUCACAGCCUUUUCUAUGGCGUAAUACACAUAAUACAACAGAACCUCCUAAUAUGAAAAAACUUGAUUUAGAAAAAGGACCUGAAUCUAAAUUUAGUUCUGAAUCAGGUAGCAAGUGUUCUAAAGAAAGUCGUCAUACAUAUUUUCUUUUUCCUCCUGAAAUACAUAGUACACAGAAGCCAUCAGGUAUAGAAAAUACGCUUUCAUCAAAUCCGAAUUCUGGAAGAACAACUGCGAAUUUUUCAUUUCCCAGAAGAUCUGGUUUAAGACCAUUGGCAACUCCGAUUCAAAGUGGGGAUUUAAAAUCGGAUACUUCAAGCUUAAGUCCUUUUACAGAAGCUAUUCGAAGACCAUUUACUAUUCCUCAAUAUGAAAUACCACAUUUAUCUCCAGACAAAUAUCUUACAUCAUCAUCAACUAUUUCAUUAUCUUUUCCAUUAAAAGAGCUUUAUUAUACACAUUAUGUUAUAUUAUUUAUUGGCCUAAUAUUUCCACCUUUGUGGAUCCUUUAUGGGUUUCAUUGUUUAGAUCUGUACCUUCCUUAUACGCCAUUUACAAUGGAGCAAGAUAUAAAAAGGUAUAAAUUCAUUGCUAGUGUUCUUGGAGUGAUCGUUGGCGUAUCAAGUUUUAUCGGUGUUAUUGUUAGUGUUUCUAUAAUAGCGACUCUCAGAAAUUAG